AACAUUUUUUCAAAAAGUGAUUUUUCUUUCAACAACCAAAUAAAACAGAACAAAAAACUUAUUUGAAUGAUAAUAUCUUUGAAUUAAUUUUGUAUUGUGUUAGGAUUUGAUACAAAUGGAAAAAAAAAAAACUUUUUGUAAGACUUGUUUCGAGAUUAUUAUAAUUAAAUAUAAAAAAAAACUUGGAAAACAAGGCAAAAUGAAAGUAAAUGAAGGGUUCCAAAAAUGGUUAUGCAGCAGUCGGUGUGGUUUAGAGUGAUGGGACAUUAGGGCUUGGAGAGCACGUCCUGAUCUAAAGAUGCGGACAUUCUUGAUCAACCACGCUAAAAGCCUCGCCGACCAAACUCGUCGUCAACCUCACACAAGCCAACGCUUACUCUCUCUUCUUCCAUCUUCGUCAGCAUCAUCUCCUCUUCUUACUCUGUCUCGUUUCUUGUCUUCUACUUUAGAGAUUGCUGCUUCUGAUCCCACUUCAUCUCUUCCCGUGACUCUUGUCUCCAUCAAUCACAAGGGUUUCAAGGGUUUGCAUCACACAAUUGCUUCUGAAACAGAAACCCGUGAUGGUUUUAAUCUUCCUCAAAAGGCAGCCGAACCUUCAAAGACCACACCAGAUGCUUUCUACUGCAAAAGCCCUCGCUUCGGACAGGUUCCUGGAACAUGGCACUUCAGACACACAAUCCUUCCGCAACAAGAAAACAAGGUUCCAGCCUCAGCGAAUCGUCUCAGAGAGAUGCACAGCAGUUCCGGUAAGAGCCCCGCCGCCGCCAAGCAACCCGCGGCCAAGAGCGCCAAAAAGGUUUCCUCCAAGAGCUCCAAAAAGAAACCCGCCAAGAGCGCCGGCGGCGGCAAGGGCUCCUCCGGCACAUUGUUUCCAAAACGUAGCAAGUUCCCUAAACACCACCGAGGAAGACUAAGAGGAAUAUCUUCAGGCGAUAAUCGUAUCUGUUUCGGAAGAUACGCUCUUCAAACACUCGCACCGGCCUGGAUCACGUCUAGACAGAUGGAAGCAGCGCGACGAGCCAUGGUGCGGCACGUGCCGCGUAGCGCGAAGAUUUGGAUACGUAUGUUUCCGGAUAAGGCGGUUACGGGGAGACCGUGCGAGGUGCGUAUGGGUGGUGGGAAAGGACCUCAGGAGUAUUGGGUAGCUGUGGUUCAGCCAGGGAAGAUUCUUUAUGAGAUGGCUGGUGUGCCCGAGAGUGUAGCUAGAAAAGCUAUUACAGUAGGUGCUUCUAAAAUGCCUAUAAAGACUCAGUUCAUUUUUAAUGCAAAAACUAUAUAACAUUCUUGGAGAAUGACAAGGUUAUAUGUUUUUUUUAUUUUGUUUGAUAAACAAUAUUUUUUUUUUACUUUCAAUAAAAGAAUGUAGACAAGAAAUGAUAUUGAAUGUAGCAUGUAUUCAACACAACAUGAGCUAGUUAUCAAUUCAAUGGAAUAUGUUGGUCUAAGGUCU